AAGGAAUUUCACGAGUUGCGUAAGGUAAGAAUGCGGAAUAUAUGAGAAACUUUAAGGGUAAUAUUUAAAAUAUAAGCUCUAAUUUUAAACACGACUACUGACGGGAGAUUCAGAGUCCAAGACCAAAUGUGAUAUUUUUCAUAACAACUAAGCUGAAGGAUGAAGGAGAAUGGUGGAAAUGAAGAUGUUAUCCUGCGGCCCACAAUUGAGUGGAUAAGCAACAAGCCAGAUUCCAUCAAUCAUGAAUAUGUGGAGUAUGGACUGAGGGAGGCUGUGCGCUCAGUUUUUGGAGAGUUCGGCGCGUGCUCGCCGCUCUCCGUUACUUCCUACGACGUCUCGGCGGGCCGGGCUAUCGUGUCCGUGCCGGCGGACUUCGCACGCCGCGUGGCUGCCGCCCUCACCCUGGCCACUGAUCUGCUGGGCUCGCCUUGUGUCAUCCACGUGCACGGCGAGUCGCCCCACCAGCCGACGGCGAGACGGUACUUCGCCUGAAGUUGGCGCUAGCUGUAACCUGUGAUACGCCCGGCUCGGUGACGGCACACCGAUCGGCGAGGUGGCGGUGCCAUGUCCGGCCCAAGAGACCGACAAAGGUAUUGUGACAGUGUGGCAAGUGCGCUCCGACGGCGGUCGGCAGUCACAAAUUGACCGUUCACACGUGACUGAUGUGAUACGGCGGACUGCUGGACACCAUAUGCCAGGUGGGAAUGUCUUAUGACGCUCAAACAGAUCGAGACUCAUCGCAACAUGUGUUGAAUCGGGGUGACGGAACACGAUAAUUUCACACCAUCAUCACUGCUUUUCGGCAUUUAGAUGUUUCAUUCAUGUUUGUAUGUUGAUGUGCCAAUAUAUUUAAUGCUCUGAA